AUGUCUUAUGCUUACACUAGUCCAGGAGCUCAUUAUUAUAGCCUCCAGCCGGUUUCUUCACCUUCAGAACAUUCUCUUUUCUCCGUCCAUUCCUUAUCUUCAAGCUCUUCGUCCAUCAUUUCACAGAAUGAAAAAGCAGUAUCUUCUACCCCCUCGUCAAUAAAUUCAAAUCUUGGCUCAAAAAUCAAGAAAGCGCUUUCACGAAGUAAUUCUGUCAAUAAAGAUUUUGAACCAGUUACCAAAAAGAUAAUCUCUAAUCCAGUUCCAAUCACAAAGAUUCCUGUCCGCAAAGGAUCAGUGGAUUUGAAGUAUUUCAACCUUUAUGAUGACAAUACUCUUAAAAACAACACAAAUUAUUAUUUCCAUCAUGAUAGAUCACAUUCGGUCCCCGAAGCUCCACUUUUACAACAUCAAAAACAGGCUUCCAGUGGCCAGAGUAGAAGCAAGUUGUUUGAGACACCACUUGAGCUGGAUGAAGAUGACUUUUAUUUCACAGAAACCUCAGGGAGUUCUCCAUUUGACGUUAUCUUCAACGAAAGAAGUACAAAUUUUUGCUCAAAACCAAUUGAAAUGAGCUCUCCGGGGUCCUCGAUUGAUCUAGACGAUACUCCGAUUGCUCCUCUAAACAUUCGUACCAACUCUAGUAUAACGGAAGAAAGUGGGAAUAAUAAGCGAGCCAGUGCCGCUUCCACUAUAAAACUCAAUCGUCAACUGAUAAACUACAGAAGUUCGAGAAUUACGUUAAGCCAUCUUCGUACCACCGCCUCAUCAUCGCCACGUUCUCUUGAGUUCUCGCUUUUCUCCCCAGCGAAGGACAAUUUUGGAAACAAUAGUACUGAUAUGUUACAGAGUGUGGAAAGGUCUUUGAACCGAUUAAAUGGUCAAGUAGACAGUAAACGCAACAACAGAAUUUCCAUCCACAACAGCAAUUUUUUUUCUUCUAAAAAGCUCAAAAAUUUUGGGGAUCUGACAUUUAAUAGAUUGAAACAAAGAGGUGCCAGAGAGUCAAUACAGAUCAACACCUCUGAAGCGUACGAAUUGGAGGGGUUAUAUGAAGCCCAUGAAUUAGCUAGUGACAUCUUGAAUAGAGUGGGACACCAACCUUUAUUGGGAUCGAGAAUGAUGACCUCAUGGAUUUGA